GGAGCCCCAGAGCCAGACGAUGCCGCUCUCGCUGAGACUUCUGCAUCGUCGAAGCACCAACUCCUCCGACAGGACAGCGCAGAGGACGCUUCGCGGAACAAAAACCACGAGAUAUUGGGUUCUCAUCCGGCGAUACUACGGGUAAAAAAUGAAGAAGAGCCCACAGCACCAGAUCCGGAUCUUCAGAAAAAGACAAUCGAAACAAGAACUCUGGCAGCAGCUGCUCCGAGCUGCACAUCGAAACAAGGGGAACCACCGCGAGAUGAAACAACAAGUACGCAACGAGCUGCU